AUGUUUUCUGGUGGAGAGGGAAAGAAAUGGACUUGUGGGAAAGCUGGUGUGUUAAAAGUGGGAUCUUUGAUUCGGGAUCUAAGCGAGCCUUGUCUUUCACAAUCAGGGAUACAGGUUGUUUUAACUAUCGGCAAAAUGCUUAAGCCAGAGAAGUGGCAGGCUUUUUUCGAUUGCGAUGGAAAGGUUUCUGGUUUCCAGAAGGCGCUCAAAAUAAUUAUAUUGGGGGGAAUCGACCCAUCGAUAAGAGCUGAAGUUUGGGAAUUUCUCCUCGGCUGUUAUGCAUUGAGCAGCACCUCUGAGUACCGUAGUAAACUCAGGGUAGCCCGAAGAGAACGAUACAACGAGCUGCUUAAGCAAUGCCAGAUGAUGCAUUCGAGUGUUGGUACUGGUUCACUUGCCUAUGUUGUGGGAUCUAAAGUUAUGGAUAUGCGAAAAUCAUACAAAAAGGAAGUAGUAAAGGAAGCUAUAGAUGAAAGCACAGAAGCUUCUCUAGAUGGUAAUGAGAAUACUGAAAAUCAUGGUGAUUGGAGUAAUAAUGAUACUGACACAUCUCAUGUGCACAGAAGGGGAAGUUCUAGUGAGUCAGUUGACCAAGUAAGUGGAAGAGAAAGUCCUGAAAGCACAGUAUAUGAAAGUUCUCCUUUUGUACCGGCAUCUAGUCCACUUGGCUUUCCUUCCCCUGGUCCUUAUGUUGCGGAUGGUUUUUUUGAAUUUCCCUCCCUACCGAUCACAGAUUUGUUUGGGAGUAGUUUAGAUAAGAAAGGGCUUUAUACUCCAGAUGAGGAAGCUUCAAUGCACAGUGAAUUAAGAUCUGAGGAUGAGAGAAUGCACAGUUUUCGAAUUGAAAAGAAUGCAGAUCUAGUUAUAGAACCGCAUGGGUCUUCUUAUAACAACAUAACUGGAUCCGUUAACUCAGAAAUUGAAGUAAUACAUCCUGACUCUGUUGAAGAAUUGUCUCAUUCCGGCACGAUUGAGAUGGUUGAUGGUUUAAGAAUAUCAGAUCUCCCUGAAAUGCCAACGGCAAAGGAGUCUCCUUCUCGUGGUGGGACUGUCCCCGAAGAUCGGAUGUCUGAAUGGCUUUGGACAUUGCACCGAAUAGUUGUUGAUGUGGUAAGGACAGAUAGCCACCUUGAGUUCUAUGAGGAUCCAAGAAACCUAGGAAGAAUGUCAGAUAUUCUUGCGGUCUAUGCUUGGGUUGAUCCUGCAACUGGUUAUUGCCAAGGAAUGAGUGAUUUAGCGUCUCCUUUCGUGGUUCUUUUUGAAGAUAAUGCUGAUGCCUUUUGGUGCUUUGAAAUGCUCAUAAGAAGAACGCGUGCAAAUUUCCAGAUGGAGGGACCAACUGGAGUGAUGAAUCAAUUGGAAUCACUGUGGCAUAUAUUGAAACUCACAGAUAAAGGCAUUUUUUCUCAUCUAUUGCGUAUUGGUGCUGAAAGUCUUCACUUUGCAUUCCGGAUGCUGUUAGUGUUGUUCCGACGAGAAUUAUCUUUUAACGAGGCUCUAAGGAUGUGGGAGAUGAUGUGGGCUGCUGAUUUUGAUGAGUCUGUUGCUGAAACGUCGGAGAAUGAUUGCUUGGAGCUGUUGCUGGUUCAACUUCCAAGACAAUCUGAAGCUGAGUUGGGGGACCAAAAAGUAGAUUAUGGAAAUGGUACUACUACAAAUAGUGAACCAACUUCAAAGAGCGAUCGGAUUUCAAAGAGCGGACCAUUGUCAAAGACCUGUCUGUUGUCCAGGAGCGGCCUACUGCCAAAAAGUGGUCCAUUGCCAAAGACUGGUCUGCUGUCUGAUGAUACUGAAAUGAAGUCAGUAUCUUCGUAUCAUUUCUGUGGCUUGACAAGAAGCUUAUGGUCUAGGAACGAAAGAACCCAUGCCUCUUCUGUAGUUUCAUCCUUUGGAAAAGGAGAUGACCCUCUUCCAGUAUUUUGUGUGGCAGCGAUUCUAAUCAUGAACCGGCAUAAGAUCAUGAAAGAAACUCGCUCGAUCGAUGACUUGAUAAAGAUAUUUAAUGACAAGCUGCUUGCUAUUCGAGUGAGAAGAUGCAUACGCACAGCCAUGAAACUUCGUAAGAAAUACAUGUACAAGGUUAGAUGCUCAAUAAGUUGA